AUUCAGUUUCAGCGAGUCGUUCGAUCGAACUUAUUCCAUACUCUAUUAGUAAUAGAAAAGCAAUUCAACAAGUCAUCGACAUGUCCGGUGAAGGAGAAAAAACUUAUACGCGUGCAGAAGUUGCCAAACACAAUACCAACAAGGAUACAUGGCUGCUAAUUCACAAUACUGUUUACGAUGUCACAGCAUUCCUGAACGAGCAUCCCGGCGGUGAAGAGGUGCUGAUCGAGCAGGCGGGCAAAGAUGCCACCGAGAACUUUGAGGAUGUUGGCCACAGCCACGACGCGCGCGACAUGAUGAAGAAGUACAAAAUUGGUGAACUGGUUGCCCACGAGCGCACGAAAGUUGCCCAGAAAUCGGAACCCACCUGGAGCACAGAGACACAGAACGAGGAGAGUUCGUUGAAAUCGUGGAUAGUGCCACUGGUUCUCUGUCUGGUUGCUACGUUCUUUUACAAAUUCUACUUUGGCAAUGCUAAGCAGCAAUAAAGUCAAUAAAUAAUUCCCACUCGCCUCAAUGCUGCACCACUUGACGCCUCCACACAGUGAGAGAGAGAGGGAGAGGGGGAGAGAGAGACACACAUGUAAAGAGUUGAUUUCCAGAUACCCUGCCUUUAAAUACUAAUACUGUUGUGUCUCAUGCACUUGCCGGAGGCGUUUGGCUGCGCGCUUGCCAUUGUCGCUGGCGGAAUUUGUAGAGAGAAUUUGUGCUUAGUUUAAAAGUUAAAAAUGUGCAUGUUUUGGCAUCUUGUUUUUGUACUAAUUGCUAUAGUAAGUGGGUUUGAGUUUUCUUAUGAGCUAGAUAAUUGUUUAACUUUCCAACACGCAACAGAAAUAUACACAAACAUAUAUUUAAAUAGACUAUUAAAUAUGAAUGUAUUCGAAA